ACGUCGCGCAGUGCAGAUACAAAGCUAUCUCUUUAUAGCUUCGUGGAAACACAGAAUCUUUAUUUUUUGAACUUUUUGGAUAAUUUUAUCUCAACAUAAAAAAUAUACUUUUUGUAUCUUUGUUUGUUUCUCGAGGAAUGAAUGCGUAGGACUUUUUUUCAAGUGCGGGGUUAUUUAAUACAAAAAAAAAAAUUUUUUUAGAUACUUUUUUUGGAAUAUAAAAAGAAGAUCUCCAAAACCGGAAAGUCGUUGAUGUUGCAAAACGGUUACAGUUUAUUUUUUUGUUCAUAGUGUCUCCUCCUGGUGGUGGAGUUGUAAAAUAAAAAAAAAAAAUAUUAAAUUUGAAAACAAAUUCAAUACCUCUCCUGUGGUGUGUGGAUACGUGAGAAAAGUAUCUUAAAUUCAAUUUCCACAAGCUUAAUAGGAAUAUUGGAUAAAAAUCUUUGCAACGAAAUUGAGUGUGUUUUUUUUUUUGUAUAUUGUUUGGGAUAUUGCGUGGAAGUAAUUUUUAUUUCUUUUGCCAAAAAAAAGUUGAUUUAUUUGUCAAGAGAGCAACAAAAAAAAUAUACCUUUUUUUUGUGCCCCUGGACGACGACAAAAAAUUUUGAAUCAAAGAAAAAAAGAUCCUUCCGGUAAAAAACUGCUGAACUACUAUACCAAUCAUGUCAACAACAACCUGUUCCCGUUUGCGUCCAAUGAUGUCCUCAACUACCAGUACAAGUAAUAGUAGCAAAUCCAAUAACAAAGAUACAUCACUAACUACACUCACCGUUAGUUCGUUACGCAAUGGCGGCGGUGUGGGUGGCGGUGGUGGUGGCGGUAGUAGCAUAGGAUCCAGUGAAUCCUCAGAUCCUCUCGAAUCCGAUUACAGCGAAGAAGAUGCUGAAGUCGAAGAGGAAGAUGCCGAAAAUGAAGAUGAAGAACAAACUGAAGAUGAAGUUGAUGAUGAUGAUGAUGAUGUUAAUGAUGAUGAUGAUGAGGAAGAGGAUGUCGAUGAUGGCAAUGAGACAGACGAAGACAGUAGUGAGAGUAAUACAGAAAGUAGCAGUGUGGAGACAGCUAAGGGCGUUCGACAGUAUCAUUUGGAUGAUUUUCAAAUAAUCAAAACAGUUGGAACUGGCACAUUCGGAAGAGUAUGUCUAUGCAAGGACAAACAAACAGAAACAUAUUGUGCGAUGAAGGUCCUGGCAAUGGCUGAUGUGAUACGUCUUAAACAAAUCGAUCAUGUUAAGAAUGAAAAGAAUAUUCUAUCAGAGAUUAACCAUCCAUUUGUUAUAAGUUUACAGUGGUCAACAAAGGACGAUUGCUGUUUGUAUAUGUUAUUUGAGUAUGUGUGUGGAGGAGAGUUGUUUUCAUAUUUAAGAAAUGCUGGACGUUUUAGUAGUCAAUCGGCGAAUUUUUAUGCCGCCGAAAUAAUUUUAGCCUUAGAGUAUUUACAUUCACUGCAAAUCGUAUAUCGUGACCUGAAACCUGAAAAUUUACUUAUCAAUCGUGAUGGCCAUUUGAAAAUCACCGAUUUUGGAUUCGCUAAGAAACUUCGCGAUCGCACAUGGACCCUGUGCGGCACCCCUGAGUAUUUGGCUCCAGAGAUCAUUCAAUCAAAAGGACACAAUCGAGCCGUAGACUGGUGGGCACUAGGUGUCCUCAUCUACGAAAUGUUGGUUGGCUAUCCUCCCUUCUAUGAUGAUAAUCCAUUUGGUAUUUAUGAAAAGAUUCUUGGUGGUAAAAUCGAAUGGCCCCGCCACAUGGAUCCAAUUGCGAAAGACUUGGUAAAAAAAUUACUUAUCCAGGAUAGAACCAAACGACUGGGUAAUAUGAAGAAUGGUGCGGAGGAUGUAAAACGACAUCGAUGGUUUAAGAAUAUUAUUUGGAAUGACGUCUUGAAUAAAAAAUUAACGCCACCAAUAAUGCCCGAAGUCACAUUCGACGGUGACACAAGUAAUUUUGAUGAAUACCCCGAAACGGAUUGGAAACCAGCCAGGGCUUUAGACCAAAGCGACAUGCAGCUGUUUAAUGACUUUUAAAAAUAUAUAUUCACAUAAAAACAAAACAAAAAAAAUACUUUGAAUAUAUAAAAAAAAAAAAAAUUGAACCAAAAAUAUUAAAAUUUAAAAAAAUUUGUGAUCGAUCGCACCUGAGGUAGUUUUUUUGGGGAAAGGGGGGAGGACCUACGUUUAUAAUGUAUGUUUUUUGGGUUUAAUGGACGAGUAGAUAGCAUGCCGCAGGAUCUCGCCAUUUUAGCCAUUCAGCAUCUUUCUAUCCUUUUGUGAAUAAAUUAUUAUUAUUUUAUUUUAAUUUUAAGAAGAAUUUUAAUAUUUACAUUUAUAUAUUAAAAUAUUUUUGAAUAUAAGUUGUUUUUAAGUUUUAUUUAUUUAAUAAUUUUAAAUAAAAACAAAAAUAAAAAAAAAAUGUCCAUGCACGAUUUAAUUAAAUUUAUUUAGAUGUUUUUAAUAUUUUGUAUU